AUGGCCGCAAGUCCUUUUGAAAUAGUCUUUGCUGUGCCCAUGGAAUGCAAAUCAUGCGUCGACUCGAUCGCACAAGCCCUCAAACCGGUCCUGGGCCUCACUAAAUUCGACAUCAACUUGGACCGCAACCUUGUGACUACGCACGGCACAAUUGCCCCCAGUGAAAUCGUCAAAGCGAUUCAAUCCACGGGCAAGGACGCCAUAAUACGAGGCACGGGAAAACCCGACUCUGCCGCGGUGUGUAUCCUAGAGUCCUUUGACCCCAAGGAUAUCAAACAACCCGUGAAAGGUCUAGCUCGUAUAGUUCAAGUGUCGGACGACCUGAGCAUUUUCGACUUGACCGUGAAUGGGUUGCCCCAGGGGAGGUACUAUCCCUCGAUACGGGCAUCGGGGAAUUUGUCAAGGGGGGCGUUUUCUACGGGUUCAUGUUUUUACAAAUUGCCGGCGAUUGACGUGGAUGAGCCUUCGAAUCUGCUGACUACUAUCAACUCGCUUGGCGCGGCAAGCUUGCAAAACAACGGCUUGCAUGAUUUGUACUCUGGCCAGAGUUUCCUCCAAGCCAAACUCAACAUCUGUGAUUUGAUCGGACGCAGUGUCAUUUUGUCAAAAUUAGAGAAUGAAAUCACCGAGGAUUCGCUUUGUGGUGUCAUUGCGAGAUCUGCCGGAGCUUGGGAAAAUGAUAAACAGGUUUGUAGCUGCAGUGGCAAGACUGUAUGGCAAGAACGAUCCGAUGCCAAACUGAGAGGAGUAGCGGUAUAG